CUAAAUAAUAAAAUAAUGGGCGGGCCACGUGCGGACUCACCGCUCUCCUCCUGCUGUGCGGCCCUGUUCCGAACAGGCCACGGACCGCUAUCGGUCCGCGACCCGGCGGUGGGGGACCCCUGUAAUGUAAAGGAUGUGGAAACAUCCGCAGUCGUGGGUUGGUUUAGUUAUCAUUCAUCAACUAAGGAGCUUUCCAAACACGAGAUAUUUGACAUUCUUUACGUGAUAAUGCAUCACACCUGACUUGUGUGCCACAGACACACACACCUGUAAUACAGCCACGAGUAGGUAGGACCAAUGGUACACACAUGAUCUAUCUGGAGGACGUCACAGUGCCUCGGGGUUUGUGGAGAUCUCUUGCGGUCUCUACUGCUCGGGUCUGGAGCCCUGAAGUGGCAGUGCCGUUUUGUAAAAGGCGCACUUGGCUCCGUGUCGCUGCUUUUUGCGGAACGAUGGCGUUGGUGGUGUACGAGGACGCAAUUCCCCCGGUCUUUCGCCGUUUCCACGAGCCGUCGGUGGCGCUGAGAUUCGCGGGGCGAGACCUCUCCCUGCGGCAGGACUGGGGCAGGCUUGGCGUGGCUGCCGUGGUCUGGGACGCCGCUGUGGUUCUGGCCACGUACCUUGAGCUCGGCGCGGUGGAGGUGAAGGGAAAACGUGUCCUGGAGCUGGGCGCUGGAACGGGGCUGGUGGGAAUUGUAGCGGCACUUCUCGCGUCAGUGAGCAUCACGGACCGUGCGCCCGUGCUCGCCUUCAUCCAGGAGAACGUGGACGCCAACCUGGCCGCAGGCGAGCGGAGUCGCGUGGCCGUGCGGGAGCUCUCGUGGGGCGAGGGCCUCGGCGCCUGGGCCCCGGGCGAGCACGAGCUCGUGCUGGGUGCCGACAUCGUAUAUGUGCGGGACACCUUCCCGGCACUGCUCGCGACGCUGCACCACCUUUGUCCCCACGGCACGGAGACGCUGGUGCUUCUGGCGUGCCGGAUCCGGUACCAGCGGGACGAGGACUUCCUGGAAAUGCUGGCAGGCUCCUUUGUGGUGGAGCGCGUGCACCACUGCAGCGAGCGUGACAUCCACAUUCUGCGUGCAAGCAGGAGGCCUUCUCCCUCCGGAGAGCUGUGAGCAUCUGUCUGCCUAACAUGUCAAGCAAGGCAGCCCCACGUACGGUCACAAGGCGUCUCAAAAGACACUCAUUCUGGAGGGGUCCUGCGUUGUUGAUUGUCAUCAGGCACGAUCAAAACUUGCCCAAGCCACCGCAAUCUCUCACGAUUCUUUGAUGCAAAAAUCCACCGAACACCUGCACAAUAGCCGAUUUCAUCGCCCCAUCACCGCGGUGGACAAUAAUAUAACAAUAAUGAAUCAAUCAUGUUGGCAUCACCUUCACACCUGUGUCAAUGGUGUAUCCCGCUUAAUAGUGUACUUCCUGCCUGGUGAGUUCCCUCCCGGAGCUGCCACUCCAUUGUUAGUAUCGACCAGACCAUUAUCCCUUUGAGAGACGUGUCCCUGCCCAAGCCCACUUACAUUUAAUACGCCAAUAUGAUGUGUUAGCCGUUAUUGUUAAAGGAGUAAUUUGCACAUCAGAGGGAAAGCAAUGGGCUGGUUGCAUAAACAUCUCGUGAGAUUCCCCCCGCACACCCCCCCCCCCCCCCCCAUCAUGUAGCGAUUUAAAUGGCAGUGGAAAAAUACACUUGUGUAUACAGGGUGUUUCAAAAAGAUUGACCCGAUUUGAAAUCGCUAUAUCUCUGCAACCACGAACCGCCCAUGAAUGAAACUCUUACCACUUGAAAAGGCGGGGCAGAGAGUUUCAAAU